GCAGAUGAAAAUAUAGAUUUUGUUUCUUUAUUGUUGCCAACUAAAAACAUUUGAUUAUGAAAAUCGCUGUUUUAGGUUGCGGCUUGCUUGGUACCAAAAUAGCAGGAGAGCUGGCUUAUCAUGGUCACAGAGUGAAUAUCUGGGACAUCAAUAUCCCGGCUCUAAACUCUGUGUUUAAUGUCCUGGAAGAUGACAAGAAGCAACUGAGAGAGGACGGCAUUUUAUUUCAGAAGAAUUUUGUGGGUCAGGUGUUGUGUAUGAGCCGAUUGGAGGAAACUGUCAGUGAUGCUGAGUUUAUUUUUGAGGCUGUGAAAGAAGAUUUAGAGAUCAAGAAAGAUUUACUGGAAAGGGUCUCUCACAUUUGUAAAAGUGAUGCCAUUAUUGGAAGUAACACGCUACGACUAAACAUUGAUGAUGUCAUGUCUGGAGUGUUGAACAAAGAGAGAUCUCUAGGACUACGUUUCCUUUUUCCUGUGUACUACAUUCCAGAGGUAGAAAUCAACCCUGCCAGUUUUACAGCACAAAAGUCAAUUCAGAAAGUACGUUUGAUGCUGGAGAGGAUGGGGAAGACAUUAUUUUUUAGAUCUGGAAAUCAUCCUCUGAUUUUAUCUGAAGAACAGAGAGAAGAAAGAAAAGCAUUGAGAGUGGAACAAUUACUGAACUCCUCAGGAAUCCCCUGUAUGUUUGAGAAGAAGAUCCCCGUUCUGUCACAUGAUGGUAAUGUAGCCCCUGUGAAGGAGAGUCGCCGAGAGUCGACCACUGUAGACACGGAGUGUGGGAUUUGUAUGAACAAAGCACGUGACUGUCUCUUGUGUCCCUGUCAUCACAUGAUCACAUGUUACGAGUGCUCCAAAAUGUUACACAACCGUCGUGACGGAUGUCCGAUCUGUAGAAAGGACAUCACAGAGGUUAUCCGAGUCUAUCAUUCCUAGGAAUGAGAUAGAUGUACCAAGUCUAUCAUUCCUAGGAAUGAGAUAGAUGUACCGAGUCAAUCAUUCCUAGGGAUGAGAUAGACGUAUACAUGUAUAAUCUGAGUCUAUCAUUCCUAGGGAUGAGAUAGAUGUAUACAUGUUUAACCUGAGUCUAUCAUUCCUAGAGAUGAGAUAGAUGUAUACAUGUAUAACCUGAGUCUAUCAUUCCUAGAGAUGAGAUAGAUGUAUACAUGUAUAACCUGAGUCUAUCAUUCCUAGGGAUGAUAUAGAUGUAUACAUGUAUAAUCUGAGUCUAUCAUUCCUAGGGAUGAGAUAGAUGUAUACAUGUAUAACCUGAGUCUAUCAUUCCUAGGGAUGAGAUAGAUGUAUACAUGUAUAAUCUGAGUCUAUCAUUCCUGAGAAUGAGAUUGAUGUAUACAUGUAUAACCUGAGUCUAUCGUUCCUAGGAAUGAGAUAGAUGUGUGCAUGUAGAAUCUGAGUCUAUCAGUCCUAGGGAUGAGAAAGAUGUAUACAUGUAUAAUCUGAGUCUAUCAUUCCUAGGGAUGAGAAAGAUGUGUGCAUAUAGAAUCUGAGUCUAUCAUUCCUAGGGAUGAGAUAGAUGUAUACAAUCAUGUAGAAUCUGAGUCUAUCAUUCCUAGGGAUGAGAUAGAUGUAUACAUGUAUAACCUGAGUCUAUCAUUCCUAGGGAUGAGAUAGAUGUAUACAUGUAUAAUCUGAGUCUAUCAUUCCUGAGAAUGAGAUUGAUGUAUACAUGUAUAACCCGAGUCUAUCAUUCCUAGGAAUGAGAUAGAUGUGUGUAUGUAGAAUCUGAGUCUAUCAUUCCUAGGGAUGAGAUAGAUGUAUACAUGUAGAAUCUGAGUCUAUCAUUCCUAGGGAUGAGAUAGAUGUGUGCAUGUAGAAUCUGAGUCUAUCAUUCCUAGGGAUGAGAAAGAUGUGUGCAUGUAGAAUCUGAGUCUAUCAUUCCUAGGGAUGAGAAAGAUGUUUGCAUGUAUCUUCCAAGUCUAUCAUUCCUGAGAAUGAGAUAGAUGUGUACAUGUAUAAUCUGAGUCUAUAAUUCCUAGGGAUCAGAUAGAUUUAUACUGAUUUUUGUUAAGUUUAUUCAUUUUUGUUACUCAGUUUACAUGUAUUAAUUGUUUAAAAGUCGUAAAGUCUUUCACAAAUAUUUUAUUUAUAAGUUAGCACUGUUGUUUAAUCUAGAGAUCUUUAUUGUUUAUCCAUGUUGUAGAAUAUGGUUCUCUUUGAAUAUGACAAUUGAUAUUCUUGCUUCUCAUUAUUACCGCUGAAAGAGACCAGCUUUAACAAGCCUUCUAUACUGCAGUGAGUGACUCUCUGAGUCUCUCUGAACAUAUAAGUAAAACACCAUGAAUAAAACAAACCCAGAAUAGUGAAGAAAACAAAUUACUAGUCUGGGAUAUCAUUGAAUGUUGUAUUAUCCUUUAAUUACAAGCAUUUGAAAAGACAGGUUGGGAAUAAGAUUUGUGAUUAUUUUGUAGCAUAAUAAGUAUGGAAUGCUUAUCAUAGAUUUACACUCAGCAAAGAUCUUUCUCUCUCUCUUUUUUUUUUUUUUUUUUUGGUUUAUAAUGGAUAUAAUUAGAUAAAGAGUUGAGUUUAAAGAUUAAGUAAAGUUUCAGUGCCUGUUUAGUUCUCUCUUUCCUAUCAAAUGGAUUGGUGCAUUAAAUAUAAAGUGAAUAUUACAUGUAUUAACAACACAAUUACCUAUUUAGCAUUCUGCAUAGAUUGAUUUUGCUAAUACAAAGGCCAGUGAGAUUUUGAUUCUCACUUUAUAAGGAAAUUAAUACAUGUAUGUUACAAUGUAAGAUACGUACAAUGUAUGUUUAUUUGUAUCAUGCGCUUUUAGACUAUUGUUAAGAUUUAAAAAAAAUAUAUUGCCACAAAAUAUUUGAUAAUUAGAACACAUAGACUUUUGUUUAGAUGAUUAUAAUAAUGAUGAUGAUGAUGAUAAUGAUAGUACUUUAUUUAAAGAAAUUAACUCGAUUAGUGCAAGCACUAUUCUUCCUUGGGGCCCUUUAUGCAUGUGUUAUACAAUUAUGAAUACAAAACAACAGUAACCAGAUUAACAAGUACAUGACAUAGGAGAAAUACAUUUGAAAAAAAGUACACAUAUUAAAUUAUAAAUAUAAGUUACAAAUCAAGAAAUGUUGCAGCAAUUAAUAAUAUAUUUUUCUAUAUUUUUACAAAAAGAAUUGUGCAGUUGGUGAAAAACGUACAUGUAAAGGUAAUUUGUUCCAGAAUUGAACACCUGAAUAUCUCAGAUAUUCAAGUGCCAUACCAUGAAGUGUUUUGUAAAGUAAUACAUGUAUAUAAUGGAUUAAUGUUAUGUUGUGCAUUUUUUGUAUUUAUUGGUAGGACUCCUUAAAAAUUUAUGUAACAUUCUGCAUUAGUAUUUUUAGCUCUUCUGAGCCAAAGGCUCAAAGAACUAAUGCUAUGGCCAUUUGUGCGGCGUGCGGUGUGUGUAAACUUUUUAGAAUAUGGGCCAUAACUCAAGAACCCCUUGGCCAAUUAUUGUCAAAUUUGUCACAGGGUAUCCUUGGCCCAAGGGCUCCCGUUUUUACUAAAACUAGGGUUGUGACCCUUAAACAAGGGGAGAUAAAUAGGAAAAUAAAAACAAAAGUAUUGGUUGCUAAAAAAUCUUCUUCUCAAGAACCACGUGGCAGAUUAUCACCAAACUUACACAAAAGGAUGAGGAUAUGUUGUAGAUUAAAAUUUGCAUGGGGAUUUACCCUGGGGCAAAGGGCGUGGUCUCAAGGUCACUUCAAAGUUGACCAAAAAUUACAUUUUAUUAAAAUGUUGACAUUUUGCUUACUAUAAGGACUAGGAUCAUCAAAUCUUGUCAGUUGAUGCAUCUAAGGACCUCAUAUCAUGUUGACUCAAAAGUAGGUCAUGAUGACCUACUUUUUAAAUUUUGCGGCCAUUCUUUUUCAAAAUGAUUUAGAGGCAUAUUUUGAACAAUUUAAGGCCUAUGAUCAUUAAACUUUGUCAGUUGAUGUAUCUUGGGUCCUCGAAGUACGUCAACUAAAAAAUAGGUCACCUUGACCUACUUUUUGAAUUUUAUGGCUAAUCUUUUUCAAAACAAUUAAGGCCAUUAAUUUGAAUACCGAGAGGUUUAGAAUCAUUAAAUCUUGUAAGAUGAUGCAUCUUGGGGCCAUAAAACAUAUUUAUUAAAUAGUAGGUCACAAUGACCUGCUUUUUGAACUUUGCAGGCAUUCGAUUUCAAAGCAUUUUAGAGGCAUAAUUUGGACAUUUUAAGGCCUAUGAUCAUAAAACUUUGUAAGUUGAUGCAUCUUGGAUCCUCAGAAAACGUCAACUGAAAAGUAGGUCACUGUGACCUGUGUCAAUUUAUAUGACUAUAAUUAAAUAUUUCAGGUACUAAUUGACUUGGAAUCAUCAAACUUUUUCAGUUGAUGCAUCUUGGGUCUUCGGAGUAGGUCGAGUGAAAAGUAGGUCACCGUGACCUACUUUUGAAAAUUUAGGGCUUAAAUUAAAUAUUUUAGUACUUAUUGGCUUAGAAUCAUCAAACCUUGUCAGUUGAUGCAUCUUGGGUCUUCGAAGUAGGUUGACUGAAAAGUAGGUCACCGUGACCUACUUUUGAAAAUUUAUGGCAUUAUUUAAAUAUUACUGGUACUUAUUGGCUUAGAAUCAUCAGACUUUGUCAGUUGAUGCAUCUUUGGUCCUCAGAGUACAACAACUGAAAAGUAGGUCACCAUGACCUACUUUUUGAAAAUUUAUGGCUUUAAUUAAAUAUUUCAGGUACUUAUUGGCUUAGAAUCAUCAAACAUUGUCAGUUGAUGCAUCUUGGGUCCUUGGAGUAUGACAACUGAAAAAUAGGUCACCAUGACCUACUUUUGAAAUUUUUUGGCUGUAUUUAAUAUUUUUGGGUACCAUUUGGCUUAGAAUCAUCAAAAUUUGUCAGUUUAUGCAUCUAGGGUCCUCGGAGUAGGUUGACUGAAAAGUAGGUCACUGUGACCUACUUUUGAAAAUUUAUGACUUUAAUUAAAUAUUUUGGGUACUAAUUGGCUUAAAAUCAUCUUGGGUUCUCAGAGUGUGAAUUGGAAUUUCAAGGGUUUAUCUAAAUGUACAGGAUACUUAGAGGCUUCAAAUAGAAGUGAUAGGUUGUACAGUUUAUCAGAAGAGCGAUUCAAGGCCCCCUGGGCCUCUUGUCUGCAUUUUGUAUUUUUUUUUAAUGUUUAAUUUAAAUUUUAAUCUGUAAUGUAUGUCUCAUUAUAUUAAUGGUUUACAGAUAAAGUAUAAGUUUUAUGUGGAGUGUCCAAAUUUUACGAUCCUAGUUAUUGCUGCAUCCAAUGAAUUUCUUAUAAUUAUGAAAGCCAGUCUGUAUGAAUAAAUCAGAAUAACUCAAAGACGUAAAUUUCUGCAAUGUUGCAAUCCUACACCCCCGUGUACAUUAAUAAAAACAGUUUAUUGUUUAAUAAAUUCAUGCCU